CAGUUUUAGGUCUCUCUCCUCUCUCUCAUCCGUCUUCUCUCUCCUAGGGCUUUCUCUCUCCUCUCUCCAGAAGGGCAAAAACCCUAAAGAGCUGUUUUAGUUGUACAACUCCCCAAGUAAUUCUCUAAUGGAUGAUGAUGGGGGAUUGAACAUGCGCAAUUGGGGAUAUUACGAACCGGCCUUUAAAGGGCAUCUCAAUCUGCAGCUCAUGUCAUCCGUGGCAGAGCGCGACACUAAACCCUUUUUACCUGGCCGGGAUUCUCCCUUGAUGGUUAGUGCCAAUGGAGCCUUUCACCCAAGGGAUUGCAUGGUUUCUGAAGCACCAGUACACAUGGACUAUGUGAGAGACAGUUGGAUAAACCAAAGGGAUAAGUUCCUAAAUAUAUUACCUGGAAACUCAAAUUUUCAGGUUCUUCCAGAAGCUCCCCUUGGAAAAGAGAAGUUUUACCAUUCGACUGAAGCUCAUCCCAUGCAGAUUAUACAGCAGCCUGAACCAUCAAAAGAUGAGAGGGCUGGCAGGAUGGAAGAUUCAGACCUUAAAAAGGAAGGCGGCCCUUUGAAGAAAAGGACAGGUGGUGGAGCCCCUAAAACCCCAAAAAUUAGGAAGACUAAGAAGGGGCCUUCUGUGCCAAAGGAUGGUACUAACUCUUCUGUUCAACGUGUGAAACCAGCGAAGAAAAAUAUGGAUGUUGUCAUAAAUGGGAUUGAUAUGGACAUUUCUGGAAUUCCUAUACCUGUUUGCUCAUGCACAGGAAACCCACAGCAAUGUUAUCGUUGGGGAUGUGGUGGUUGGCAAUCAGCUUGUUGUACCACAAGUAUAUCAAUGUAUCCGUUGCCUAUGAGCACCAAACGGCGUGGCGCAAGGAUAGCUGGACGGAAAAUGAGUCAAGGUGCGUUCAAGAAGGUGUUGGAGAAGCUUGCAGCUGAAGGUUACAAUUUUGCCAACCCAAUAGAUUUGAGGCGUCACUGGGCAAAACAUGGUACCAACAAGUUCGUAACAAUCAGGUAGAUUUGCAUGGUGGGUAAAGUUACCGGGAGGCAGGUUGCAUUUGGUCUGUUUCACCUGUAUAUAUCUAUGGCCUUUUGCAGUGGUUUAUCAGAUACUUUUCCAGUCCAUGAAUUUUCACAGUCAUGAUACAUGUUUUUGAAAUUCAGACAUCUGUGGUUCUUGAGAACUGUUGUUAGUUUUCCUUUUCUGCUUGUGUUUCAAGGGCUACCAAUAUUUUCUGCCCUCCAGGAUUUAGGAUUAUGGACAAAUUAUUAUUUACUGGAUCCUUUUGGAGUAAUCUCCUUUAAUCGUUAAAUCUAACAUUUGGGAGAAGCAAUUGAAUGCUCAUUUCUCCUAUUUUGUUUCACUGA